UUAAUUUGAUUGAUGGGUAUUGUGCCAUAUCUAAGAGGAGCAAGAACCCAUGAAGGGGUGCCCAUAUCCGAUGGGCUAUCACAUUCUACAUCAGAUUCCAACAACAAGAAAUGGUUAACUUUGAUGCCUUUACUCGUCGCCCUUCUCGUCAUUGCUGAAAUCGGUUUUGUGGGUUGUUUCGGUUCGAUGUUCCGUGAAUCGUGCUCUUCUGGUAUAUUAAAGGUUGCUGGCGCUCGAAAUUUUUGGAUUCGAGCUUUGGGUGACCAUCGCAUCUUGACCUGUGAGGAGUGGCUUGAGAGAGAAGAUGGCGUGGUUUAUUCGAGGGAUUUUAGCUUGGAUCCCAUCUUGGUUUCUUGUGAUAAACAGGAGUUGAAACCUUGUGCAGUGGGUUGUAAGAUCGGACCCCAUCCGAGCAAGAAACCUGAUGCUAUCAUUAGUCAGCAUCCAGAAGCUGAAGCACCUAGUGUGCUGCGCUCUAUGGAAUCGACGGCCUACUACCCGGAAAAUAAUAUUGCUCAGGCACGACGGAGUGGCCACGAAUAUGUAAUGACAACUAGCCUCUCAUCGGAUGUCCCAGUCGGAUAUUUUUCAUGGGCAGAGUAUGAUAUAAUGGCACCAGUGCUUCCGAAGACUAAAAAGGCCAUUGCAGCUGCUUUCAUUUCUAUCUGUCACGCCCGCAACUUUCGUAUUAAAGCUCUUGUCAGGCUCAAAAAGGAGAAUAUCAAGAUAGAUUCUUAUGGUAGAUGCCACGGAAAUCGCAAUGAGAAUGUGGACAAAGUCAAAGCUCUGAAACACUGUAAGUUUAACUUGGCUUUCGAGAACACCAACGAAGAUGAUUACGUCACGGAAAACUUUUUCCAGUCCCUCGUUGCAGGAAGCGUGCCUGUUGUGGUUGGUGCUCCAAAUAUCGAAGAAUUUUCUCCUUCUCCUGGUUCAUAUUUACAUAUUAAGGAAUUGAAGGAUGUUCACUCGGUUGCAGAAAGAAUGAAGUACCUUGCGAAAAACUCGGAUGCUUAUAAUCAAUCAUUAUGGUGGAAGUUCGAAGGCCCGUCUGAUUCGUUCAAGGCCCUUUUGGAUAUGGCUGCUGUUCAUUCGUCAUGCCGUUUGUGCAUUCAGUUGGUGACCAUCUUCCAGGAGGAAGAAGAAAAGAACCCCGACGUCCAGAAACGCCCCUGCAAGUGUGAGAUGGGAUCGGAAACUGUGUAUCAUUUGUAUGUAAGAGAGCAAGGGAGGUUCGAGAUGGACUCUAUUUUCUUGAGGUCCAGAAACAUGACUCUAGAGGCAUUGGAGGCUGCAGUUCUUAUGCAUUUCAAGUCUCGUAAACAUGAGCCUAUUUGGAAAUGGGAAAGACCCGAAAGCAUUAGAGGGGGUGAACUAAAAGUAUACAGAAUAUAUCCUCUUGGGUUGACACAGAGACAGGCUUUAUAUACCUUCAAGUUCAAAAAUGAUGCUGAUCUUAGGAAUCACAUCAAAAACAACCCUUGUGCCAAGUUAGAAGUCAUAUUCGUCUAGAUCAAUGAU